UCGGCGUCCUGCGCCUGCGUGGAGUGCCGCGAGAGGGAGGCGCGUGCGCUGUACGCUCCUUGGAAACCAAGUCGGACAGCUUGGGACCGAGACGCGGGUGUCUGCGGGUGGUUGGAGUUGUAGCGACCCAGCGGGAGUGAGAGGGGUCCCGGCGGCGACGGGACAAGUUCAGCAACGGCUGGGACAGUGAACGCGCGGCGGGCGGGAUGGGCCGGCGCCAGGCUCCGGACCUGUACCGGGCCCCGUUCCCCUUGUACGCGCUUCGGGUGGACCCCAGCGCGGGGCUGCUCAUCGUGGCGGGCGGAGGAGGCGCCGCCAAGACCGGCGUAAAAAAUGGAGUGCAUUUUCUGCAGCUAGAACAGAUUGAUGGGCGCCUGAGCGCCUCUUUGCUGCACUCUCAUGACACAGAGACACGGGCCACCAUGAACCUGGCACUGGCUGGUGACAUCCUUGCUGCAGGGCAGGAUGCUCACUGUCAGCUCCUGCGCUUCCGGCCCCAUCAGCAGAAGGGCAACAAGGCAGAGAGGGCAGGUUCCAAGGAGCAAGGACCUCAAUCAAGAAAGGGGGCAGCCCCAGCAGAGAAGAAAUGGGGAGCUGAAACCCAACGAGACGGGGUAGAGCUCAAAGUAGAGAACCUGCAGGCGGUGCAGACAGACUUUGGCCUGCAGAAAGAUAUACUGCAAAAAGUUGUGUGCUUCAACCAUGAUAAUACCAUGAUUGCCACUGGAGGGACAGAUGGCCAUGUUCGUGUCUGGAAGGUUCCCAGCCUGGAGAAGGUUCUGGAGUUCAGAGCUCAUGAAGAUGAGAUUGAAGACCUGUCUUUGGGGCCUGAUGGCAAGCUGGUAACUGUGGGCCGGGACCGUAAGGCCUUUGUGUGGCAAAAGGAUCAGCUAGUAACACAGCUGCACUGGGAAGAGAACGGACCCAACUUUGCUAACACACCUUACCGCUACCGGGCCUGCAGGUUUGGGCAGGUUCCAGACCAGCCCACUGGGCUGCGACUCUUCACAGUGCAGAUCCCCUACAAGCACCUGCAGCAGCGCCCACCCUGCUACCUCACAGCCUGGGAUGCUUCCACUUUCCUGCCCCUUCGGACUAAGUCCUGUGGCCAUGAAGCCGUCUCCUGCCUCAGUGUCAGUGAAUCGGGCACCUUCCUAGGCCUGGGCACAGUCACUGGCUCUGUUGCCAUCUACAUAGCUUUCUCUCUCCAGUUUCCUUCCUGCCCUCAGCGCCUCUAUUAUGUGAGGGAGUCUCAUAGCUUUGUGGUGACAGAUGUGGCCUUUCUACCUGAGAAGGGUCGUGGACCACAGCUGCUCGGGUCCCACGAAACUGCCUUGUUCUCUGUGGCUGCAGAUAGUCGUUGCCGGCUGCACCUCCUGCCCUCACGCCGGAGUGUUCCUGUGUGGCUGCUGCUCCUGCUAUGUGUUGGGCUUAUCAUUGUGACCAUCCUGCUGCUCCAGAGUGCCUUUCCAGGUUUUAUUUAGCCUUCCUGCUCUCGGGAAUCUGGCCGGGACAUUGCCACCGCCUAGAGGAGAAUGGAGGCCUGGACUCCUACUGCUCAUUCCACUUGGCCCCACUUGCCUCUGAUGAGGGGCACAGCUACAGCCUGGCCUUCUCAGUUAAGGCUUGGCUGUGUCUGUGCAUGACUCUGGGUCCUGGGAGCCCCAUAUUCGUCACCUGUGGAUCUACCCAGGACAGCAGUGUUUGAAGCCAGACCACACUACCUUCCCCCUUCCCUUUGCCCAGCAGGGGCUCCAAAGCUGAGCGUGUCCUUCAUCAGAAACAUGAAGAUGUCCAAGAGCCUGGAGGCACUGCUGACCUUCCUGCAGAAACAAUCAGUUUCUCCUCCUCCCCUCACAGUCUUCACAUGAAGCCCCUUGGCUUUUGCUGGCUUUUUGCUGUUAGGGUAUAAAGGGGCAAAAAAGAAGACUCAGGUAGUAGUCUGUGGGUUCAGAUGGGUCGCACCAGUCCAACCAGACUAAAUACACAGUAAGGCCCUGGAUCACCUACCCCAGACUCGAGGAAAGGGAAAAUGAACCUCAGUCCAUUAGACAGGAAGGGUUGAUAUUUAAUAAACAAGGGGAGACUGAA